UGGUAACUAGAAGCGCGAUUGAAACAAGUUGAUAGUUAGUUGAUUGUUGAAACUUUGGCACUGAGAGUUUAAAUUAACUUUCUCUCACUCUUUCCUUAAUUGUGACAUCUCAUUCACCACUCAUCAUCACCAUAAUCAUCACGACAAUAACAUCAACAUCAACAACAACAACAUCAACAACAUCAACAUCAGCAUCUUAGUUGAUCAAGUUUACCAUUAAAUGAGAGGAUCAUUUUUAAUUACCUGAGGUUUUGUUUUGUUUUUUUUUUACUUAAUAUGAUCAAAAUAAUUUAAGUGAAUCAGCUGAUUGUGUUAUUGGAUUUUUUUUGUUUACCUUCAUUUUUGUUUUGGUCUAAUUUUUUUUUACAUCAAAUCAGCUGAUACGUUGGUGUCAUUGUGUGUAUAUAUUUCAUCAUCAUAUUGAAUAUCGUCUCUGGGUCUACCAAAUCAUCAUCAUCAUCGUCAUCGUAUUGUUUUUUAUGGGCUUUGGUCCAUCAUCGUUAUCAUCAUGAAGAUGGUUUCCUGUGCAGGUUGUGAUCUACCCAUUAAAGACCGUUACCUGGACAAAAUACUGGACGUUACCUGGCACAUUCAUUGUGUCAUUUGUUUUGAUUGUAAAAGUUCAUUAACUGGUAAAUGUUACACUCGUGAUGGUAAAUUAUUUUGUAAACAAGAUUUUUUCAAACGCUUUGGUACCAAAUGCGCUGGAUGUGACCAAGGGAUUCUACCUGAAGAUUAUGUUCGAUGGGCUCGAAACAAAGUUUAUCAUAUUCCUUGUUUCACUUGUGUCGAUUGUCACAGAGAAUUGUCAACCGGAGAUACACUUUACAUAUUAGAUGAUGAUCGACUUCUCUGUAAAAGUGAUUACCUUACAUCGAGACAUCAUAGUCAAGCACUUGUUAAAGAUGAAUUAAUGCAACCUGACAUUAGUAUGACUCCUCCCGAUAGUAUGUCAAUGAGUCAAAGUGACCUAUCAUCUGUACCCACAUCAACAUCGGAAAGACUUACAUCAGACCAUUUGACACCCGAACUUCAAGCCUCGGCCCAACCACCAUCCCAACAGCAACAACAACAUCUUCAACUUGAUAACACCAAUCAUCCUUAUUUAUCUGAUUCAUCGACGACCACAUUGGUUACAACACCUAACGGAGAUGAAACAGUUCGACAUCGACGUGAUUCCUCAGUUAGAUCAGGUCACCAUCAUCAUAAUAAUAAUAAAUCAAAUUCAUCAUCUGAACAUAAACCAACAAGAGUGAGAACCGUUUUAAAUGAGAAGCAAUUGACGACACUUCGAUCGUGUUAUAAUGCCAAUCCAAGGCCGGACGCACUUCUUAAGGAGAGACUCGUCGAUAUGACCGGUCUUUCGGCUCGUGUGAUAAGAGUCUGGUUCCAGAAUAAACGUUGUAAAGAUAAAAAGAAACAAAUUAUGAUGAAACAAAUCCAACAACAAGAAAAGGAUGGAAGACAAUUACAGAGUAUCGCCAACAUGCAGGGUGUCCCACUGGUGGCAACCAGUCCAGUUCAACAUGAGAUUCCUCAUCCAAUAGAAGUUCAAAGUUAUCAUUCAUGGAAAACUUUUGUUGAUUAUAAUCAAAUUCAGACCAAUUUUGAUCCAGAUUCUGAUUCUCAUUCACACUCAGGUCAACAUUACGAUUUAUAAAUAAAAGAGCAAAAGUGUGUCUCUCUGUCUCUCUCUUUCUAACUUUCUCUCUCUAACUCUCUCUCUCUCAAAUGGACCAUGAUGAUUAUUUCAUCAUUCUCAUGAUUAUCAAAAACUCUGCUUUCUUUCUUCUCCAUGUAAACUUGAAACAGAAAAUUGUAAAAGAAAAAAAAACAAAAAUUCUACUAAGAGAAUCAA